CGAUAACAGGUCAGUAUAAAUUCACGCGUCGAGCUAUCGAUAUCGAUUGCUGCCAAAAGUUGAAAAUUGCCCAAAGUGAUAAAUAAAACACAAAAAUAAGCACUUUGCUUUGUGAAUCGCGCAUCGUGGACUUCGGAGACGAAUGGCCAGCCGUGGGGGCGGCGCCGCUGUGCUUCACGCGACGGUGACAACCAGUUCGCUAACGGUGGAGACGAUCACCAGUGUGCUGACCACGAUCCACUCGAACAGCAUCAACAUCGCGAACAACAACAACAGCGCAGCGGUACCGGGGGCGGAUGCAUCGAUCGGUGAUGCCGUCGGGGGCGUGGCAGCCGCCCAGACGGACGCCAGCAAGCCCAUCUACCCGCGCCUGUUCAACCGUAUCGUGCUGACGCUGGAGAACAGUCUGAUCCCGGAGGUCAAGAUCGACGUGACGCCCUCCAGCCAGGACGGGCUGGACCACGAGACCGAGAAGGACCUCCGCAUUCUGGGCUGUGAGCUCAUUCAGACGGCGGGCAUCCUACUGCGCCUGCCGCAGGUGGCCAUGGCCACCGGCCAGGUGCUCUUCCAGCGCUUCUUCUAUUCAAAGAGCUUCGUGCGGCACAACAUGGAGACGGUGGCCAUGAGCUGUGUUUGCUUGGCCUCAAAGAUUGAAGAGGCGCCACGGCGCAUCCGAGACGUGAUCAAUGUGUUUCACCACAUCAAGCAAGUGCGUGCUCAAAAGGAGAUCUCGCCCAUGGUGCUAGAUCCGUACUACACGAACCUCAAGAUGCAAGUGAUCAAGGCCGAGCGACGCGUCCUCAAGGAACUGGGCUUCUGCGUGCACGUGAAGCACCCGCACAAGCUGAUUGUGAUGUACCUGCAGGUGCUGCAGUACGAGAAGCACGAGAAGCUGAUGCAGCUCUCCUGGAACUUCAUGAACGACUCACUGCGGACUGACGUGUUCAUGCGCUACACCCCGGAGGCGAUUGCCUGCGCCUGCAUCUACCUGAGUGCCCGCAAGCUCAACAUACCGCUGCCCAGCAGUCCGCCGUGGUUCGGCAUUUUCCGCGUGCCGAUGGCCGACAUCACAGACAUCUGCUACCGGGUGAUGGAGCUGUACACGCGUCCAAAGCCGGUGGUGGAAAAGCUGGAGGCCGCCGUGGACGAGCUGAAGAAGCGGUACAUCGACGCGCGCAACAAGACGAAGGAGGCGAACACCCCGCCGGCAGUCAUCACUGUAGAUCGCAACAACGGCUCCCACAAUGCGUGGGGCGGCUUCAUCCAGCGGGCGAUUCCACUGCCCUUGCCCUCGGAUAAGUCGCCGGAGAAGGACUCGCGGUCGCGCUCGCGCUCCAGAACACGCACACAGUCGCGAACGCCGCGCUCCCGCUCGCCGAGGUCCAGGUCCCCGAGUCGCGAGCGCACCAAGAAGUCCCACCGCAGCCGAUCUUCCCGCUCGCGCUCCCGGUCGCCGCCGAAGCACAAGAAGAAGUCGCGCCACUACUCGAGGUCGCCCACGCGCUCCAGCUCGCCGCACAGCAAGCACAGGAAAACGAAAUCUUCGCGCGACCGCUCGGAGUACUACUCCAAGAAGGACCGGUCCGGAAACGCCGGCAGCAGCAACAAUGUGAGUGAUGGCGACAAGUACCGCAACUCCGGCUCGAAUUCGGGCAAGCACAGUCGCUACUCUUCUUCUUCGUCGCAUCGCAACAGCGGUGGUGGCGGCGGGGGCGGCGAGGGAAGGACCGGAGGAGGAAACGGGAGCCACGGCAGCCGAGGUGGCCACAAGCAUCGGGAUGGCGACCGCUCUAGGGAUCGCAAGCGCUAGGGAUUGACAAGCAAGCAAACACUCCUCUUCAUUUAACUUUUUUGUAUUUUACAGAUUUACAGAUCAUUUCUACCGGUUAGUUCGAUUUAGUAUGUGUAAUGAGUAAUGUGAAAACGAACUCGGGUAAACAAUAAAUGUAACUCCUCCAUUA